AUUCCCUACGAAUACUCUCACUUCGACUUCUGUCAGACGCCGGACACGAGUGACUCUCCGGUCGAGAACUUGGGUCAAGUGGUGUUCGGGGAGCGGAUCCGGUCGUCGCCGUACAACAUCUCCUUCUUGAGACAACAGGAGUGCAAACCGCUGUGCCAUAAGUCAUACGACUUGAGCUCCAAGACGGACGUGGAUCUACUGAACGGACUCAUGAAAGGCAUGCUUAAGAACUAUCAGCACCACUGGAUUGUGGACAAUAUGCCGGUCACGUGGUGUUACCCCGUGGAGGGCGACCAACAGUACUGUUCGGUGGGCUUUCCGGUGGGCUGUUAUGUGGACAGUCAGGGGACGGCCAAAGACGCGUGUGUUAUGAAUGUGUUGUACAACAAAGCGGACACUUUCUACCUCUUCAAUCACGUGGACAUUACCAUCACUUACCACAGCGGGGAGAACGAGGCCUGGGGUGUGGGCUUCGGCGAGAAGGGCGGACGCAUUAUAGCCAUCAAAGUCGUGCCCAGAAGUAUCAAACACACGAAGACACCGUCACUACAGGCCAGCGAUUGUGGCACUAAUUCACCGCCGAUGGAGAUAUCGGGAAAACUGAGCAAAAGCGAUAAAAUCGAUAUCUAUUACUCGUAUUCCGUGUACUUCUCGCGCGACAACACAAUCAAGUGGUCGUCGCGUUGGGACUACAUCUUGGAGUCGAUGCCGCACACGAACAUCCAGUGGUUCUCGAUUCUCAACUCAUUGGUGAUCGUACUGUUCCUCACGGGAAUGGUAGCCAUGAUUUUGUUGCGCACUCUUCACAAAGACAUCGCUCGCUAUAACCAAAUGGACAGCGAAGACGACGCUCAGGAGGAGUUUGGCUGGAAGUUAGUCCACGGAGACGUCUUCAGACCCCCGCACAGGUCAAUGAUGCUGUCGGUGUUCAUCGGCAGCGGAGUGCAGGUGCUGUGCAUGACUGUCAUCACACUGUUCUUCGCGUGUCUGGGAUUCCUAUCGCCUGCCAAUCGCGGGGCACUCAUGACCUGCGCUCUCGUCCUGUUUGUCUGUUUGGGAACUCCUGCCGGAUAUGUGUCGGCGCGGAUCUACAAAGCGUUUGGCGGCUAUAAGUGGAAACUCAAUGUAUUGCUGACCGCACUCUUGUGUCCCGGAGUGGUCUUCUCGCUGUUCUUCGUCAUGAAUCUGCUGUUGUGGGCGAAGGGCAGUUCAGCCGCCAUCCCGUUCACCACUUUCAUCGCAUUGCUGGCCCUCUGGUUCUGUGUAUCACUUCCGCUCACUUUCGUCGGCGCGUACUUCGGCUUCAAGAAGCGAACCAUCGAACAUCCCGUGCGAACCAAUCAGAUCCCGCGCCAAAUCCCCGAGCAGUCGGUCUACACUCAGCCCAUGCCUGGGAUCAUAAUGGGAGGCAUUUUGCCGUUUGGAUGCAUCUUCAUUCAGCUGUUCUUCAUACUGAACAGCAUUUGGUCCAAUCAGAUGUACUAUAUGUUCGGAUUCCUGUUCCUGGUCUUCACCAUUCUGGUGAUCACCUGCAGUGAGACCACUGUUUUGCUCUGUUAUUUCCAUCUAUGCGCUGAGGAUUAUCACUGGUGGUGGCGAUCAUAUCUGACGAGUGGUUUCACAUCAUUCUAUUUAUUCGUGUAUUGCAUUCAUUACUUUAUGACCAAACUGACCAUCACUGGCACCAUAUCGACACUCUUGUACUUUGGAUACACACUAAUAAUGGUAUUCCUCUUCUUUCUACUCACCGGAACCGUUGGCUUCUUCGCCUGCUUCUGGUUCGUCAGAAAGAUCUACAGUGUUGUCAAAGUUGAUUGAAAAGUGAUUAAGUGAUCAAAACCGUGAUUGUUACAGAAGUAUAGCUUAGGUAUAGACACUAUAUUUUUCAUUGAAUCCAUUCAUAUGAUUAUAAGUUUGUUUUAUUUCGCAUUCAAUUUAUGAUUUUUAGUUAAGUUAAGCAAUGCAUCGGUUCUGUAAAAUAAAUCUCAACACAAACGU